GCCGUUCUCGUGUCGCGCAUCCGCCCACCGAAAACCGAGUGCCCGAACACAUGGUCACGCGAGGCCUAUGACAGAAGCAGCCCCGACACGAUCGCUAGCAGCGCGCAUCAAGGCGCUCGAAGAAGCUAAGCACCGACAGGAUGGCGCCAGCAAACAGCGCGAAGACUUGCCGGCUCGUGGACUGGGAGAGAUACGGUCCCGUUUCGAAGGCAAGGACAACAAUGCGCUCGUGCCGAAGAGCUCCUUCGGAUUGGGAGCCCCAAUGCCUCGCAUCCCCAGCACUGGGCGAGUCUCUGUGCCGUCUCAGGCCAAGCGUUUGGCUUCUUUGAGCGCGCCAGCCAUAGACGGUGCAAGUGCUCCAGCUAGCGUCUCAUCGCUGAGAGCCGAAGCGGGCUCUGAUGGCAGCGCCUCGCCUGCAACCCCGACCGCCGAAGUGAACGCAUCAAUCGAACCAAUACAGCAAAGCCACCUCGCCAUCGACGAGCGACUGACGGACAAACAACAACAUGCCUUUACUGCUGCCUCGCUUGCACAGUAUGAUGCAGAGGAAGAGGCCAGCCCGCCAUCACGAGACAGUCUGUCGAUACAGGCUGCGCUAGACGCGCCUGGCUUUGCUGGCACGACCUCGGAGGCUUUGCCAGCGCUGUCAGAAGUCACGAACGAGCAGCCAGCGUUAUUCUUGAGUCGGCAACCGGCAGCUGAUGCUAGCGAACCGUCGCUUUCUGCUGCGAGUGAGGCUGUAGCACCGUCAGACAAGCCGGCCUUCGCGAAUCUGGCAGGCGCGGCGACGGAAGCCUUGGAUCAAGACAGCAGCCUUGCGCACGAUAUAGCACAAGGACUGCAUGUUGGUGAUAUCGACUAUCAGGCAAUCGAUAGCAGCUCAGGUGCAUCAAUCAAGACAGAGACAGAGCACGAAGCGGUACUCAUGUCCCCAAACGCGACGAUCAUGCCGCCUGUUUCGCCACUGAAGCCAGCACCACCACCCAGCCCACAUGUGAGCCACGGACAUGCGGCGCACGAGCGAGAUCUAGGCGAAGCGUCGAUGGACUCGGACUCGCUCAAGUCAACGCCACAAAUGAGCGAUGCGGAUCAGUUCCCGGGUCAAGCAGCUUUGCCUAUGCCGACAGUGAAAUGCUCGGACUGCUCUGACGAAGUCGCGCUUGACGACCUGAGCGAGCAUGUGUGUCGAGCGCGGCUAGAUGCAGAUGUUCCUGCCGAUGACGAAGACGAUGAGCAGAUGGCGAGACUGCCCACUUCUGCUUCGAGCUCAACGAUCAAGGGUCGUGCUAUCAGAUCGGACGACUUUGCUUUGCAAGUCGAUCAAGCCGUGCCGGAAGACGAGCAUGAGGACUUUGGAUAUGUGACGAUCAGUCCUACGCUGAGCAAGCACUGAUCCAUUGGCAUCUGUCAUGACUAUGUGCAUAUGUGUCACGUUCUUUCGCUCUGUGCACUCACUGUUGUACAAGUCAUCAAAUUCACGGUGUGUGGCAUCCGCGCAAUACGCCAGCG